AUGACCGCCGUCCGCCGAUGUGUUCGCAUGCUCUGCCUGCUGGCUCUUCUAUCAGGUGUUUGGCACCUGACAUCUGCAGCCUUCAGUUCCCCAGCACAGACGAGGAUGUCGCGCAGGGCCUACGAAUCCGGGAAAGCCAACGUCGGCGCCGAGAUCUCCGACACAGAUGUGCAGCCGCCCCCACCGCCGGUCCUGGAAUGUGACGAGGGAUGCAUGACAGCUAUCUUUGACUGCAUUGAAGAAGGCUGUUCUGUCGAUGCGUUGCUGAAGCUGGAUUCAAAGUUGGCAGACGAUGAGCAACGAAUCGCCGACACAGUGAAGGAGCUUGAGGGUGUGCAGAAGACCGCAUACUCGCCAGAAAACGCAGGCACACUUGCCUGGCUCAACAACUUCCUGAGCCGCAGUGGCAGCUUGCGCGGACAGCUGCAGGCACUUCAGGGAGUCAAGGACGAGCGUGUGUUGAAAGAGCGGAUACGUGUAGAUGUGGGCUCAAAUUGCACGCAAGCCUGUAAUGCGGACAUGGUGACAUUUAACUCUCUUUUGAAAGCGUGCUGCGCUUCAUGGGCUCUGGUCCUUAGCAUCCUGCAGUUGUCGGCCUCCAUGGGUUUGCGCCGCGACCGGGUCACUCAGAGCACGAUCCUUGGAUCGUGCAGCAGUUCGGCAUGGCGUCACGCGGAGUUGUUGUUGUCAAGUGCAACUCGUCAGCGACUGCGAAACAACGUUAUCUGCGAAAGUGCACGUAUUCGAGGCACCUCUCGCUGGAGAAGUGUUUUGACAAUACAUGCGAGAAUGCAGAUGGCGUGCAUUCAGAGCGACCAGAUCAACAUAAACUCCGCGGUCACUUCGUGUGGUGCGGCGUGGCUUCAAGCGCAGAGUUUGCUUUCCAGCACUACCUUGAGAGGGGAUCGGGAGACACACAAUGCUGUUGCACGUGGCUUUGGCAAGGCCACCGUGUGGGAACGGUCUCUCUGUUCUUUGAACCAUGCCCUCUCGAAGUCGUUGCGCUUGGACGCUUACUCUGGUACCGCGCUCCUCACACGGCGAGCCGCCACUUCCUGCCGAACACAUCUGCUACAGUGGAAAGUGCCUUUGUUGGUAUUUUCUGACUUGGUGCGCUGUGGGCUAGUGUCGAACCUGAUUUCUUGGAGUGCAGCCGUCAGCUUCAGUGAGCCAGCUGGCUGGAGGAGGUGUCUGGACCACUUCCUAAAAGGCUGCCAAGCUCGCCAGCUCCGCAACGCUGUUGUAGAAAUCAGUGUUGCGGCCUCUGUGGAAACGCGCUGGCAGCAAGCCCUAAGUUUUUGCAGACAUGCGGUGCCGAAUGCGGAAACUUGGACUUGCUUGGCUCGAGCGUGCGCGCAGUCUGCGUGGAACAUGGCUUUGCUGUUGCAUGCGGCUUUAGCUUGCAGUAGUGCGGAAGUGGACCGAGUCUACUGCAACGCUUUGAUAGCUUCCGCGAGCCCAACAAGUUGGCAACUACGGCUAGCUUUGCUUGAGAUGACCGGCCGUACCGACACGCGACCUGAUCAGCAUGCGUAUGGUUCUUUGACAGCUGGGGCAGAAGCUGGCGAGUGGUGCGAAGCCAUGGAGCUUCUGCAGCUCGCUGCAGGCAGAGGUUUGCUGCUGAAUGCGGUCAUGAUCUCUUCACUUCAAGUGGCCUGUUUGCGCGGAAUGAAUUGGAAGCAGCCGAUCGCUAUGAUGAUGCAAGCCCAAGCGGUCAAAGCGGCCGAAAACCCUGCUGUAUGUGCGACCGCGAUUGGUGCAUGCGGCAAAUGUGGCAAGUGGCGACAGCAGCUGGCUUUGCUCUCUCACUGGACAUUAGCCCGUCUGCAAACUGAUGAGACCCUGUAUGCCGAUUUUAGCAAUUUCGUCUUCCAUGUUGUGGUCUAUCCCAUUUUACCAACCUGCUUCCAUUUGCCUCCUGAUGUAGGAAUUGACCGGACUAGGCCUGAGACUUUGUGCCCACAGCCUCGACGGCCUUUUCCGAACGCUGCUGCACCAUCGCCAGUUGGAACAGCUUGCCGGCAUGCCAGGAACCGAAGAGGCAGCCUGCAGCAAGGAGUUGAAAGAUCUAUGGAGCAGCACAUCGUGGAAGCUUUCGGCAGGUGCGGCAACCCCCGGACGUCUACCCUGGGAGAACAGACCCCUGAGCGCCGUCAGCACAAAUGCAGGUGCAACCCCGAGCUUGGACGACCAAUGUCGCCUGCAGUUCAGCCCGGCUCCAUCUUCUGCUGCUCCGACACCGACUUCGAGCGGUACCGGGCAAUCCCGCCUUCUCAGGUACGAAAAGUUUUUGUGGGUGGCAUCCCCCAAGAUUUUACGCAAGAUGAUUUAUGCGAACUGUUCAGCCAGUUCGGGGCGGUGACGAAGGCUUGGCUGCAGCGCCACCGCCAAAAUGAUAACGACUUUGGACAUGCAUCUGCGCAGCGUUCGCCCAGCCAUCGCGGUUUUGGAUUCGUCAUAUUCCAAGAUGCCAGCAUGGUUGAUGAGCUUCUUGGUGCAGAACCUUCUUGUUUCAUGGAAAUCAAGGACGGGCGGCGAAUUGAGGUGAAGCGUGCCAAAAGCAGCAACGACAUCAUCGGAGAGAGGCAGGCGCCGCAUCCAGAAGCGUCGAAGCAAGCUUGGAGCCUGCAGCAGACCAGGAGUGACCAACAGCAUGGGUCCCAGCCCCAACCGGUGCAACGGCCAGUUCAGAGUUCCCCAUUCGUCCCAUGUGCAAGCUUGACCUGUGGCACAGUUCCAGCUGGUGGUUGGUCGCCCAUGGUUUGGACGGGCUCUGUGGCAACAGGCACGGUACCGCCGGCCUGGGGAGGGAACAAUCAGGCUGUGCCUGUUGACACUGUGCAGAGCUCACGCAAUUCACAAGUAUGGCCGCAGAGCGCAGAGCCUGCACCGACAGCGCGGAAUGCUCCCGCUGCACCGCAAAUGAUUUGCCAACAGGUGCCACCGUUCUCGUUUCCACAUUGGGCGGGCGGUGCACAGUCGGAGGAAGAGAAGCAGAAACUAGUGCAGCUGCUGCAAGCUGCUGCGCCAGCGUAUUACGCGGAUUGA